AUGAGGCUAAUACAAAGUCAACAAGGUCAAAUCCUCAGUUUAAGGACCUCACCUUUAGUCCUUGGCCAUCCAUCUCCAAGCAAUGACCACCUUAGCUCUCUCCUAAGAGCAUGGAGGUCCUGUAGAGGACUUCCAAUGGCAAUGCUUCUACCAGAAAAGGCAUAUAUAUAUGCCUUCAUACCUUUCAACAAAGAUUGCUUUUCCAAAAUCUAUGCUUUUGGAGACUCGUAUACCGACACUGGCAACGCUUACUGGUUGGGUGGUCUCACCAUUCCUGUCGGUGCUACAUCGGGAAAACCCACGAAUCCACCCCCUUGUGCUGGUGUCACAAAUUCUCCCCCCAGCUCAACUACCUCGAGAAAAGUCGCAACUCCACCCCCUUUUGCUAGUGUCACAAACUCUCCCCAGAGCUCAACUACACCCCCUUCUGCUGGUUCUACAAACUCUCCCAACAGCCCAACUGCCACAAACCCACCCCCUUCUCCUGGUGUCACAAACUCUCCCCAGAGCUCAACUACACCCCCUUCUGCUGGUUCUACAAACUCUCCCAACAGCCCAACUACCACAAACCCACCCCCCUCUCCUGUUGUCACAAACUCUCCCCAGAGCUCAACUCCACCCCCUUCUGCUGGUUCUACAAACUCUCCCAACAGCCCAACUACCACAAACCCACCCCCUUCUGUUGGUGCAACAAACUCUACUCACAGCUCAACUACUGAUGGGAAACCUGCAAACCGGCUUAGUGAUGGCCGCCUGGUUAUUGAUUUCGUCUGUGAAUCUCUUUCCCUGCCUCCCCUGCCACCCUACAAAGACAGUUCUGCCAACUUCACACAUGGUUGUAACUUCGCAAUAGCCGGAUCAACGAGUCUGUCGAGUGACUACUUUAUCAAAGAGACGUUAUUUAAGAACCUAGUAUGGAAAGGGAUACCUAUGAGCUUGCAGACUCAGAUCGAUUGGUUCACCAAGUUUCGCAGUGACAUUGGAUGUAAGGGAAAAGAUUCGAGGUCGUGCAAUGCUGAGAUGGAGAACACGCUCUUCUGGAUUGGUGGCAUGGGCAUAAGUGACUAUGUUCGUACUUCGAAGGGAUCUCUCAUUUCCUUCCAGUCCCUCACAGAUAUGUCGAUUUCUCAUGUCUCCAAACUUCUAGAGACACUGCUGGGGGGUGGAGCCAAGUACAUUGUGGUUCAAGGGCUACCACCAGUCGGGUGCCUCCCCAUAGCCAUUUCUUUGUGUCCACUCCAUAAGUUAGAUCGAAUGGGGUGUUCUGUGCCUGUGAAUGCAGCAAUAAUGUUCCACAACCAAAUUCUUCAGAAGAAGCUGCAAAAACUUCAGAAACAGUACCCUCAUUGUUCAAUCAUAUAUGCUGAUUACUGGAAUGCAUUCUUGACAAUAUUGACAAAUCUGAAAAAGUUCGGGUUUGAUGAGCCCUUGAAGGCAUGUUGUGGAGCCGGCGGAGGAAAUCUCAACUUCAACAUGGAGACAAUCUGUGGCUCGCCUGGCACAUCCACCUGCACGGACCCUAGUAAACACAUCAGCUGGGAUGGCAUCCAUCUCACAGAAGCCAUGAAUAAGCAACUAACUGAUCUCUUGCUCAACCAAGGAUUUUGUCAACCAUCGUUCAGCGACCUGAUUAAAAGUAAAAGUGGCAUAUAG